AUGUACGCCGUGACGGAGAGUGUGUUGGGCACCGCUGUGUUCGCCACCACGAUGGGAGUGCGCCAGGGAUCCCCAACAUCUUGUCUUUUGUUUAUUAUAUUUGUUAAUGACCUGAUUAAGUCUAUAAAAGAUAACUGCGGGGAUGAUGGGUUUCUCUCUUGGCUGCAUAUUCUCGUCCUGAUGGACGACACUGUAUUGUUGGCUACCACGAGGGAGAGAAUGCUACAUAAGAUAGGACUUAUGAAAACUUUCUGUGAUAAUUACGGGAUGAAGGUCAAUGAGGCAAAGACAAAGUUUUUCGUAGUGGGAGGAAAUGCAGCUGAUAUGGAGCCCCUACGUGUGGCGGGGUUAGAGGUGCUGCGAUGCCAGCAGUACUCGUACCUCGGGGCCACCUUCACAGCUGACGGCUCGGUUCACCAGGCAGUCAGGACUCACGCCCUGGCUAAAGCAGCCCAUGUCUCCAAGUUCGUAUCUUUCCUUAAGAAAAAUAACGAUAUACCAUUUCAAGUCAAGAAAAGAGUAUUUGAUGCUGCAUUAAUGUCUGCUAUUCUUUACGGCUGUGAGUCCUGGCUGAAUGCAGACUUAAAACUUAUUGUAAAAUUGUAUAACUGGGCCUUAAAGACAUUGUUAGAUGUAAGGAUGACUACUUGUAAUGAUGUCUGCUACAUUGAGUCGGGAAACCCGCCCAUCAAUACAGUGAUAAAGAAAAACAAAGGAAAUAUUUAA